AUGACCAAGAUUGACGAAAUUGCUGAUGGAAAUCGUUUAACGAAUGCGGAUCUUUCUUGCUUGCUGACUUCAACAUUCAGUAUUGUGUCAAUCACUGUAAAUGUGUUCGUGUGUACUGCAACAAUAUUUGGAAAUAUUUUAAUUCUAAUAAGCAUUUAUAAGUAUUCUAAACAGUUCAAGGGCAGUUUGUAUAUGUUUAUUGGAAAUUUAGCGGUUGCUGAUCUAUUACUAGGUUUGUGGUUGCUGUUAUUAUUAUAUGAGGAAGUAGUCCCGGACGUGAAACAAGACUGGUAUUUUUGUGUUACUAAACCUAUUGGAGUUCUUAUUUCUUACUCCUGCUCAAUUUUGACUCUAAUUGGUAUAUCUUUUGACCGCUUCAUGGCAGUCAUAUUUCCAUUAAAACAUCUAGUACAUACAUAUAAGCGGAAGUUUUUCAUAGCAUACUUAACUCUAAUAUGGAUUAUAUCAAUUAUCGGUGGAAGUCUUACCGUUAUUCUGCCAAACCUAGAACCACCUAGCAACACCUUUGUAUGUAGAAUCGGUGCUAUCCUUCCUCCUGGCUUUGAGCUUGUUUCAUCAGUAGCGUUACUUCUGGCAAUACUUAUCAAUUCAUCAUUGUUUGGGGUCGUAAUGUGGAAAAUCAAAACAAAAGAAAUACCUGGAAACAGCAAUAGCCAAAAGAAAAAUACCAAAACAGUUUUGAUGAUAGUAAUUUUUGUUACUUUUGCCGUAUGUUGGCUGCCGUUUGUGAUAUGUUCAUUUCUGCUGCAGGCAAAUAUUGCGCCUUCUACAUUUCAAAAUGUAGUGUGUGCACAAGAAUAUUUAGCAAGGUUAGGGUUUGUGAAUUCCGCACAGAACUGGAUAAUUUACGGUCUUGCAAACAGGAACUUUCGAACGGCAUUUAAGAAGAUUCUUUGCUGCAACGGUUGCACAUUCCCUUUGAAACCAGUCUCAUUUUCAACUGAUGGGAGCAGAUCAAAGUCGGCUUGUAAAGAAACGGAAUGUCCCGUCAAUCUAAAGCAAAAUGAAACAGUUAUAUGAAUACAAUUUCUAUGGCACUGCUGGAUCAAAAUAGUACGACAUUGUAUAUUGAUAUUCGAAUAGUAGAAACAAAGACAGACAGAAUACACUUCAAUAAGUUACUGAAACAGAGACAAAAUUGUCUGGCCAGGCAGAUAUCAUGAUGUUAAUACUAGUAUGUGCCUUCA